GGGCGCGAGCCCUCCACGCCCACCAAAGGCAAGCUAUUUGGACAGCACUUGGACCUCAUCUGUUAUGAGGACUCACUCCCGCAGCCAAUAAUGCUGAUGCUCAAAGAACUGAACCAAAAGGGUCCGUACAUUGAGGGCAUAUUCCGCAAGUCUGCCAACGCCCGGGUAUGUAAAGAAUUCCGGGCGAAACUGGAGUCCGAGUCGGAGCCCAACAUCAGCGAAGUACCGGUAAUUGUCAUCGCAUCGGUAUUCAAGGAAUACCUGCGAUCCCUCCCCGACUGUCUACUCCAAUCCCAGCUCUACCCCCAAUGGAUCGAAGCGAUCGGUGUUUCCAAUAAUCAUGAGUGUCGGGAACGGGUGCAACGGCUACUCCAACGGCUCCCGGCGCCCAAUAUAUUGCUGUUGCGGCACUUCCUGUGCGCGCUCUGGCAUAUCGUCCAGCAGUCGGCGCUCAAUAAGAUGUGUGCCGUUAAUCUUGGAGUGUGUGUCGGUCAGAAUCUGCUGACGUCCAACCCGUUCGGUAAUCCCAGUCCUGUCCCGCCGUCGUCCCAGACAUGCGAA